UUCACCGCCCUUCUUGACCAUAUAUGGUUCGUCUGGCGGUUUAGUGAGCGGCUACAUCCACCCGGCAAAAAGUGGACACGAGACGUCAGUGUGCUUCCGACAUAAGAGCCUUGGGUAACCAUGCCGUCAGACUUGGCCAAAAAGAAAGCAGCCAAGAAGAAGGAGGCAGCCAAAGCUCGUCAGCGCCCCAAGAAGUCUGAGGAAGUGAAUGGGGACGGAGAACAACCGGAGAUUCAAGAAAAUGGAGCAGACAGCAAUGGCGUCGGCAGCUUAACAAAGGAGCUGGACGAGUUCGAGCUGCGGAAGACGGAGGCUCGGGCCGUGACUGGCGUUCUUGCUUCCCACCCCAACAGCACGGACGUCCACAUCAGCAGCCUGUCGCUCACCUUCCACGGCCAAGAGCUGCUGGCAGACACCAGCCUGGAGCUCAACUCGGGCCGACGCUAUGGCCUCAUCGGGCUUAACGGCACCGGAAAGUCCAUGCUACUGUCGGCCAUCGGCCACCGUGAGAUUCCCAUUCCAGAGCACAUAGAUAUUUACCAUCUGACCCGGGAGAUGGCGCCGAGCGACAAGACGGCUCUGCAGUGUGUCAUGGAGGUGGACGAGCAGAGGAUCAUGCUGGAGAAGGAGGCGGAGAGACUCGCUCAUGAAGACUCGGAGUGUGAGAAGCUGAUGGAGCUGUACGAGCGUCUGGAGGAGCUGGACGCCGACAAGGCGGAGAUGCGAGCCUCUCGGAUCCUCCACGGUCUAGGCUUCAGCGCCACCAUGCAGCAGAAGAAGCUGAAGGACUUCAGUGGAGGCUGGAGGAUGCGUGUCGCUCUGGCCAGAGCUCUGUUCAUCAAACCCUUCAUGUUGUUGCUGGACGAGCCGACGAACCACCUGGACCUGGACGCUUGUGUGUGGCUGGAAGAGGAGCUCAAAUCGUUUAAGAGAAUCCUUGUUCUCAUCUCACACUCGCAAGACUUCCUGAACGGCGUGUGUACCAACAUCAUCCACUUGCAUCAGAGAAAACUAAAGUACUACACGGGUAACUAUGACCAGUAUGUGAAGACCAGAGCAGAGCUGGAAGAGAACCAGAUGAAGCGUUUCAACUGGGAGCAGGACCAGAUAGCACACAUGAAGGUAAACAAGAGGCCUAAUUUAUUUAACUUUAUUUACAAAAAUAUCCUCAAAAUAAAACCUGAAGAAUGCAAAUCGCCUUUAACGCAGCAUUCCCUUAGUAAAUCACGGAGGUGGCAGAGUGAUGCUUUGGGAUGCUAAUAUUUAGUAUGGAAA